AUGAAUAAUUGUCUAUUUGUCGUUUUGAAUUUUACACUACCAAGACACAGAAAGACUGAACCAACGUUAUUAUGGUGGACUAAAGUUGUUGUUUCAAUAAUCCUUUUAAGUGGAUUAAUUGCGUAUAUAUAUAUUUUAAUCGAUUUGAUUGUAAGGGAUGAGCCUUCAAUUCAAUAUACUACUGUUGAUUUAGACUCACAACAACUACUUCCAGUAUUAAAUAUCAAGGUAGCAUCAAAUGCAAUGAUAAAUUGCGACUUUACGAAUGACGGAACUGAUGAUCUUGAAAAUUGUUCCACCAAUCUUGAAUUGGUCGCCUAUAAAAGUUAUAGAAAUUAUAAAUUUACUCCUGCUAAUAAUUCUUAUAGUUGGUUGUUCCUUACUUGGAAUAAUACUUCUGGAAAUAAAUUCAGUAAUAUUACCUUUGGUGGAGAAUUAGAUGAUAUCAAAGAGGCAUAUCCAGAUCAAACUAACCUUCAAAAAUACAUAAGUUAUCUCCAAACUAAUAACAUUCUAUAUAUUCGUGAAAAAAAGAGAAAUGCUAUUUAUAUUAAAUGGAUUAGAAGAGAAUACUUGAUUCGUGAUUGGACAAAUUAUUUAGGUUUUCCUAAUCGUCAUGUUUCACUUCGUAUCCCACAAGCAAUAGCCGAAACACCUUCAACAAGUUAUUAUGAAAAUCAGACUACAAUAGCUAUUACACCAUAUGGUGAUGUAAAUGGACAUUUUGAAACUGUUGAAACGGAGAAAAGAUCUGAAACUGUCUUGGGCAAUAUUGGUCCACUUGGAGGUGCAAUUAGCUUACUGUUAGGAAUUUAUACUAUUUUAUUUGGCGGAUCACUUCUGAGCCCUUGGGGAAUCUUUCAAACCUAUUGUUGCAAGUAUAAAUCAAGAUCAAAAAGAAAGCUUUUGAAAAAUUUGUCAGUGAUUCCUUUGACCGAAAAAAACCAAUUACAUUUUGAAAAGUCUAAAGAUCCAGAUCUUAUCACUCUUAGAUUCAAUUCUUUGGAAAUAGUUCUAAAAGAGUACGUUAUAAACUCGGAUUUCCUUGAUGAAUUAGUGGAAACCGAAAAAAAAAUUUGCAUUAAUGAGGGAGAGAAGUAA